AUGGUGGUUGGUUUGUGCGUUAUCGGAGUGUCAUUUGUAGUCGCUAUUCUAACAGCAAUUUCAAUGUCAGCUAUUGCCACCAAUGGAGAAGUUAAAGGGGGCGGGUGCUACUAUCUUAUAAGCCGAUCACUUGGACCAGAGUUUGGUGGUUCAAUUGGUUUGAUCUUUUAUUUCGCCAACACGGUAAAUGCAUCGAUGAACUGUGUAGGUUUAGCUGAGGCAAUAGUGUACACAUUAAAUGAAUACGAUCUACAGCUGAUCGACGUACUUUGCUUAAUGCUGCAGUGUAUUAUCUUUAUUGGGACUGAUUUCGAGAGUAAAACGCAGAUUUUUUUAUUGGUUUGCUUAAUAGUGUCGUUAUUAGCCCACAUAUUGGGCACAUUUAUGGCUCCAUCGCAAUUUCAGAGGGCAACGGCAAAGGAAAAUUUAUAUCCAGAUUUCAGAAAUGGUGAAACUUUUAUAACUGUUUUUGGAAUUUACUUCCCAGCUAUGACCGGUAUUAUGGCUGGGACAAACAUGUCUGGAGAUUUAAAAGAUCCGUCAAAAUCAAUUCCGAAAGGAACAAUAUUUGCUAUUAUUAUUACUACUAUUAUUUACACGUCGGCAAUGGUUUUGCCGACAAUUACAACAGUUCGAGACGCUUCUGGAUUUUCUGCACCUGUAUUCAACAACUAUACUAAAGCAUUUAUUCCGCCUUCAUGUGCUGCCAACAGAACAUGCACUUACGGGUUAGCCAAUGACUAUCAGUUGAUGCAUCUUCAAAGUAUUUAUGGUCCAUUGGUUAUUAUGGGUAUUUAUGCGUCGACGCUCAGUUCUGCAUCUGGUUGUUUGAUCGGAGCUCCACGAGUUUUUCAGGCGCUCUGUGGUGACAAUAUAUAUCCAUAUUUACAGUUUUUCCAUAAAGGCCAUGGAAGUAACAACGACCCAUUUCGAGCUUAUUUCUUGACUUUUGCCAUAGCUGCUGCAAUUAUCGGCAUUGGCGAUUUAAACAUGAUUUCGAUGAUUAUCACUAAUUUCUUUUUGGCUGCUUUUGCAAUUACAAAUUUCGCCUGCUUUGACGCAACACAAGCAAAAUCACCAGGUUUUCGACCGGGAUUUCGCUUCUAUAACAAAUGGUUAUCGCUUUUCGGAUCGGUACUUUGCAUAAUAAUCAUGUUCGUACUUUCCUGGAUGACUGCUUUAGUUACUUUUGGAAUAUUUGUGCUCUUGUUCAUUUAUAUUCGAACACAAAAAUCUGAUAUCAACUGGGGCUCUUCAACUCAAGCAAAUAGUUACAGAAACGCGUUAAUGGCACUCUUGAAGUUGUCGCAGAUUGAAGAACAUGUUAAGAAUUACCGCCCUCAGCUUCUCGUUUUAACCGGCAACCCUUUCGCUAGACAAGCCUUGGUUGAUUUUGCUUAUGCUAUCAGUAAAGGUCAAAAUCUAAUGAUCUGUGGACAUGUGGUGCCGUACCCGCCAUCAGUUGCUGCUACCGCCUGCAUCAAAAAGUUGAACACUGGUCUAACUCACUGGUUGAAUGAGCACAGCAUAAAGGCUUUUUACUGUGCUGUUGCCAAUCGAUCUUUAAAAAGUGGAGUUCAGUCUUUGAUACAAACAGUUGGUCUCGGAAAGAUGCAACCAAAUAUACUUUUAAUGGGCUUUAAAACAACUUGGUUAUCAAAAUUGGAGACGGCUAUGGAUGAAGUUAAAGACUACAUUGGCGUUAUCACGGAUGCUUUCGAAUCUGACAUGAGCAUAUGUGUAUUCCGCAAUGGAAACGAGGGCUUAGAUCACAGUGUUAAUUUGGUGUCUUCACAAGACUACUUCAUACUGAAACUGCCCGAUUUAAUGCUCUCUGACCCACAAUCUUCUUUAUCUGAUGAUCUCAGUAGGGGUGCUUCCCACAGAGCUCACAGGCCAACUGCUCCUACUAAAGUUGGAAAACCACGUCUAAGGCCCUGCCGGUCUGCAGAAAACAUUAGUCACCUUCAUAGCAUGAGUCCCCGGCACGCUAGCAUCGCUUCUGCCUUAUCUUUGUUGAAGGAUCCUGGCGCAAAAGGUUUGACGCAGCGAAGAACCAGAUUUGGUACAAGAGUGAAAGAUGGUACAAUUGAUGUGUGGUGGCUGUACGACGAUGGAGGUUUAACGCUUUUAAUUCCUUAUUUGUUGUCUAGUCAUGCGAGCUACUUACAGGGAGCAAAAAUGCGCGUAUUCACUAUCACUCAUAACCCGUCAAUCGUAGAAGAGGAACGUGAAAAGUUAGAAAGUUUGCUUAAGAAGUUCCGAAUUAAUUUUGAAGAGGCUGAAGUAUUGUGCGAUGAAGACGAAAAACCUCUGUAUCCAGAAACGGAAGCGGAGCACGAAGAAUUUAUGGCAGUUCUUAGAAAAAAAGUACCGGACUGCAUACUACGUAUGAGCGAAACACGAACUCAGCGAAUGAUGCGUUCAAGGGAGCUUCUUUUGGAAUACUCAUCACACUCUUCUCUAGUUAUUGUCUGCGUUACCAGAGAAUUUUUCAGAACGAUGCCCAUUGCAAAGAAGACGAUUUUGGGGAGUCCCGUCUAUUUGAUGUGGCUUGACUUCUUGAGCAAAGAUCUACCUCCGACUUUGUUGGUACGAGGAAAUCAAACCACUGUGCUUACUUUCUAUUCCUAA